CAAAUCGCAGCACUGCGCUUGCGCGUUGGAGCCACGGAAAAAUGGCGGCAUCGUUGCUGCUGCAAGAUUUGGAUAGUUCCGAGCUAGCAAAGCUAUCAAAAGGGACUCUGGACAAACUUGAGAAGAUCCUGUCAGAUCAACGAUAUGAAAUCGACACUUUGAAAACUCAACGGGAGCAAUUCAGGGUCGACAGCGAGCAACAUUUCUUUGAAAAGGUAAAACAGCUUGGUCAGUGUCAGGAAGAUUUUUUGACCCAGACUCAAGAGCACAGUAAACUUAAAGAAGAGUUGACGAAAAUCGAGGACGAACUCAAAAGUGUCCGUGAAAAAAACCAGCAAUAUGAAACCGCUCAGGAGAAGUUGUCAUCACAACAGGCUACCAUGUGCAAAACCAAAGAACAACUGGAGGCACAAAAGCUUGAACUUGUGCGGACACUUGAAAGGAGAGCCCUGGAAGUGGAGCAUUUAAACGAUGACUUGAGGCAACUGAACGACAAGUUGGUGGAGGUCAGCGCCUCCAAAAUGUCUCUGCAGCUGAGAGUUGAUGAACUUGAAGCCACUGAAGUCAACAUCAAAUACAAGGAGAAACGUAUGGAGCAAGAAAAAGAGCUGCUAAAUGGACAAACAUCUUGGCUGAAUGAGGAAUUGAAAGCCAAAAGUGAAGAACUUUUGAACCUGUCCCGACAGAAGGGUAAUGAGAUCCUGGAGCUGAAAUGCAGCCUGGAGAACAAAAAGGACGAGUUGAACAGAGUCCAGGAACAAGUGGCCAGUCUCAAGACAUUCAGUGAAAACUAUCAAAAACUGAAUGAGGACCUGAUCCAGAAGCUGAAAGAAGCAAAGGAGCAGCAAUCUAACAUGGAGGAAAAAUUCCAAAAUGAACUGAACGCCAACAUAAAAAUUUCCAAUUUAUACAAGGGAGCGGCAGCUGAUGCCGAGGCGAAAAGCGAGGAGCUGAGUCGAGCGGUGGACGAGUUGCAUAAACUGCUGCAAGAGGCAGGAGAAGCCAACAAAGCUCUUGAAGAGCAUUUCCAAGCAACCAAAGCUGCUUCAGACAAGACUGCCGUCGAGCUAAAAGAGAGAAUCGAAGUACUUGAGAAGGAAUUGGACAAUGCCAACGAUCUCCUGUCUAACUCUAAACUAAGAGGUCCAGUUGGCACAUCAUCUGUGCUCACCGAGGAGCAAAUGACAACAGUGUCUCCUACGGCGACCGCAGUGGCGAAAAUAAAACCCGGAAUGAAGCUAACCGAGUUGUAUACUGCCUACGUCGAAAGCCAGGAGCAGCUGCAGUUGGAGCGCUUGGAGAAUAAGCGGGUUAACAAGUAUCUGGAUGACAUCGUGCAGGAAGUGGAGGCAAAGGCCCCCAUUCUGAAACGGCAGCGGGAUGAGCAUGAGCGCAUGCAGAAAUCGGUGGCCAGUCUGUCGGCCAAACUGGAGCAGGCUGUUAAGGAGGUGCACCGCCUGCAGAAUGAAACCGAUGAAGCCAACAAGCGUGCCACUGUUUUAGAAAGGGGCAAUCGAAGGUGUGAUUUACAGCUCGCGGAUCUUUCUCAGCAGGUUCGUGUGCUCCUCAUUGAGCUGGAGGAGGCCCGGGGAAACCAUGUGAUUCUCGAUGAGGACUUGAGCUCGGGAGACGUCAGCAGCACCUCGGAGGUCAUCAGUCAACACCUGGUGACUUUCCGAAGCGUGGAAGAGUUGCAGAAGCAGAAUCAGCGUCUUCUGGUGGCCCUCAGGGAUCUCGGCGAUGCCCAAGAGAAAGAAGAGUUGGAAGCCUCUAGCACCAAGCGCGUUGAGGUGGAGAAGAGUUUGGAGAACACGCUGGUUGAGGUGGAGUCGCUGAGGGAGCAACGCAGCCAGCAGAUUAAGAUGACCGAGUCCAUCAUGAGGCAGAGGGACAUGUACCGUGUGCUGUUGGCCCAAGCAACAGGAGUCAGCUUCCCCCAGCAAGGUACAUUACCCGAGGAGCUCACCCUCACAUCCACCCCCCGGCGUUCACCCGCGGCCACUCCCACCACGGGGACACCCACGACGCUUGUUUCCAUGGCAACCGAUUCGGCUGAAGCAUUGGAGGCCAAGGCAGCCUUGCGACAGUUGCAGGAGGUGUUUUCUUCCUACAAGAAGGAGCGAGAAGAGAGUGACAGGGCAUUGACCAAGCAGAAUGACAAACUCCUGGAGCAGCUGUCAGACCUGCGCUCCCAGAAUGCCAAGACGGCGACGCAGCUGGAGUUUGCGUCCAAGAGGUAUGAGAUGCUACAGGUUAAUGUCGAGGGAUACAGGAAAGAGAUUGCUUCACUCCGAGAGAAAGAGCAAAAGAUGGCCACCGCCACGCAGAACCACGAGAAAAGCAUCCAUACGUUAACUGAGGAUCUAAGAGCUGCUCGGGAAAGGCUUUCAAUGGCGGAGGGUCUUGCUGAAGGUCUCCGUAAAGAACGAGACAUGCUGAAGCUGAUUGAGUCAAAGUUGAACGACGAGAAGGAGAAAAUCCUGAGCCAGCAGCAAAGCCAGAAGAUGGUGCUGACCAACCUUCAGGCUAUUCAGGCCACACUUGAGCGUUCGGAUACCGACACACGUCAGCGUCUCAACAGUCACAUCGAGAAGCAGGAACGAGAGAUCUCCCAGCUGCAGAAGAGGUUGGAACACGAGGUGGAACAGCGGCAUUUGCUGAGCAGGAACCAGGAAAUUCAGGUACUGGAAGCAAAGCGACAAAUGGAGACCCAGACGGCGCUACACCAGCGGACUAAAGAGAUGCUGAAUGCCGCGGAGGUAGAGCUCAACUCUCUCAGAGGGCAGCAAGGUAGCAGCGAACCACGUCAUAUCCUGGGCUCCCCCACCACGCCUAUAACCAGAGGCUUACAAGCUUCAAGUCAAGACCGCGACGACCUUCAGAGUCGCAUGCUACAGACUGAAGCACGGGCACAGGAGCUGGCAGAGAGCCUGAGGGCCACCACCUCCAGCAUGGAGCAGUACCGAGCCAUGGCUCAGAGUCUGGAGGAAUCCCUGGAGAAAGAGAAACAGGUUACUGAGCAGGCCCGUGCCUCCAUUGAAAUUUGUAUGAAGGAAGCUGAGGAGCACAACCGCAGACUUGAGGAGAAGCUUCUGGAAGCAGAGAAGGAGAAACUGAAUAUUGCAGAGGAACAUACGAAGGCCAUUGCCUCUUUGAAUGAGCAGAUGGAUGGUCUUAGAAGGAAUAUUAGCAGCGCCCAAACAGAACUUCAGACGGCGCUGCAGCGUUUAUCAGCUGCCGAAGCCCAGCAGCAACAGUCUUUACAAGACAGCCAGGAGCAGGCUAAACUGGCAGCCGAAGCACAAGAUAAGUAUGAGCAGGAGAUGAUGCUGCACGCAGCAGAUGUGAAGGCUCUCCAGGAUGCCAAGACUCAGGCCCUGCAGGCCGCUGAGCUCCGGCAUCAACUGGAGGAAAGAUCCCAGAGAGUCAAUGCUGAGCUAAUGGAGGCUAGAAUCUCCUGGGGGGAGCAGGAAAAGAUCCUCAAGGAGGAGAUGUCCAAGAUAGAGAAACGCUAUGAAGAGUUGCAGAGGCAGAACGCACUCCUGCAUGAGCAAAUCCAGACAAUGAGCGGCAAAAUGGCUGAGAAUUUGCAGCGUGCUGCAAGCGACAGUCCGCUGAACAUCUCUCUCUCUGAAGAGGGCAAGUCUGAAGACCAAGUCCUAGAGAUUCUAAGGUUUGUGCGGCGUGAAAAGGAGAUUGCAGAGUCUCGUUAUGAGUUUGCUCAAGGGGAGAGUCUGCGCUACCGCGUCAGGGUUGAGCACCUGGAGCAAGAGCUCAAAGAGCUGCAGGACACCUUGAGUGCUGCUCGAGAGAAGAUGCAGGUGACGGCAAAGACCUUGGCCCAGCAUGAUGAGCUUAUGAAAAAGACAGAAACUAUGAGCAUCCUAAUGGAGACAAACAAGAUGCUUCGAGAAGAGAAGGAAAAACUGGAGCAGGAAAUGCAGCAAAUCCAAGCAAAGGUCCAAAAGUUGGAGUCAGACGUUUUACCACAGCAGCAGGCAAACGUCGAACUGAGUGAGAAGAGUGGCGUUCUGCAAAUGGAGAAGAAAAUACUGGAGGAGGAGAUCAAGCGCUGGAAGGCUCGGGCACAGUACUUGGUUAGCCAGCAGAAAGAUUCCGAUCCAGAGGAGUACAAGCGUCUACACUCGGAGAAGGAAGUACACCUUAAACGUAUUCAGCAGCUCACUGAAGAGAACAGCAGGAUCAAAGCAGAAGUUACCAGAACCGGCAAUCUCACAGCAUCCCAGCAAAGCCAAAUACAAAACUUGCUUGACAAUUUGAGUAAGAUAACUGAAGAGAGAAAUGUCCUCAAAGAGGAUGUAGCCACAAAGACUCUGGAAAUCCAGGAGAAGGUGAAGACCAUUACCCAAGUCAAGAAGAUCGGACGCCGCUACAAGACUCAAUACGAUGAGCUCAAAGUACAACACAGCAAGGUGGUAGCUGAAGCUGCAGGCCCAUCCAAAGACGAGGAGACUCGUCAAGCCUCUGUUCAGGAACUGCAGAGCCUUCGAGACUCCCUGAGCCAGGCUGAGACCAGGAUUAAAGACCUGGAGGGACAGCUGGAGAACAUCAACAGGGUGGUUGCAGAGCGUGAAACUGAGGUGCACAAUUCCCAGGAAGAGUCAUCCAGACUGAGACAGGAGCUGCAGGACAAAUCCAAGCAGAUGGCCGACAAGGAGGAGAAGACUAAGAAGGCGAUUGUUUUUGCCAAGCAGAGGAUCAGCCAGCUCACAAACACCAAAGACGAGCUGCAGAGGGAAAACGAGGAGCUCAAACAGCAACGCGAGGAGUUAGAGGUGCGCGUAAGCGCCAUCAAGUCCCAGUACGAGGGACGCUUUAAUCGACAGGAGCGAGAACUGCGAGAACUACGAGGUCAGCAAGAGAGACAAGAGCAAAGGGAUGAACCAGCUGAGGCGGGUCCAAGCAAAACUCAGGAGCAACAGAGGAGCACGGAACAGAGACAGAUCAGUCUCAAGUCAACGCCUGUUACAGACAGGGGCAGUGCUAGCACCUCCGAGCCUCCGACUGCCAACAUAAAGCCAACACCUGUAGUAGCCUCGGCUAGCAAGCAAGCCGUCAACCCAGGGAAUAAACCCACUCCAAGGGCAAGCAUCAGGCCCAUGAUCACCCCUGCCACUGUGCCCACCCCAACGCCCACGGCCACCGUCAUGCCCACCACACAGGUUGAGACCCAGGAGGCCAUGCAGACUACAGAGGGCCCACCAGUGGAGCAUGUGACCGUGUACGGGAGUGCCAGUGGUUCCGUGCGCUCGGCAAGCCCCAACAUCCAGACCACGUUAGCGAGCCCCAUGUUAACCGUGCAACAAACCCAAACGCAGGCCACGGCUUUUGUCCAGCCAACACAGCAGCAGAGCGUCACCCACGCGGAGCCACUCAAUCAGGAGCCACCACCCGUGGUCAUCGAGGCAACACCCAGCUCGCAGGUGGAAUGGCCUUCGACGUCUUCCACCUCUGCUGUAUUUGGGACUGUUUCUGCAACUCCUGGAUCUUCUUCCUUAUCCAAAAGACCCCGCGAAGAAGAGGAAAGUAGCACUAUGGUCACAGAAACAGAGGCCCCUCCGGAGGACACCACCCGGGCUCCCAUACCAAAGAAGCUACGUAUUAUCCAAAGAGUUGGUCCAGAGGAGGAAAUGAUGGCCGAUGACAACGCUGAGGCUGAAGGGGUGGUACCAACAGACAGUCAAGACGUCGCGGAAACCAGUCAGACAGAAGAACUUGCAGCCCUGGAAGAUGAUGACGAGACGACAGCCUCUCAAUCCACCACCAUGUACCAAGAAGUUGCUUUAGCACAAAGCGAAACGCCCGAGCAGCAGCUGGAGGUCAUCGUCAUAGUCACCGAUACAGAGAGCGAGGAAAACCCCGAAGAGGGAGAUGAAGAGGAAGACGAGCAGGACUACGAAGAAGGCGACGAAGAGGAAGAUGAAGAGGAGGAAGAAGAAGAGGAGGAGGAGGAAGAAGACGACGGGGGGAUGGGAGAAGGCCAGGAGAGCAACGAAGGGAGCGGAGAAGGCAACGAGGCCUACGAAGGCGAUGACACAGAGGGAGCUGAUGUAACCGACCCGGGGACAGAGACUGAGGAGAGUUUGGGGGCGUCUGACUCCACCCAGAGACCAGCGGAUUCCCAGACGGCCAGUUUUGAGAGCACAACAAUGGAGGCAUUCUGUACUGACCAACCCAUCACAAGCUCCGGUAUACGUAUGCCACAGUCGCCAAGAAGAACAACACAUCCACUGCCCCCUCGUCCCUCAUCAGAGCUAGGACCACCCACUCAGAUGUCCCAGCGCAUCCCUGCGCGUCGCCAGUCAGUCGGCAGGGUCCCUCAGCUCUCCUCCGGGGUCCCCAGCAGUGCUCACCUAUUUGACGAGGACGACCGCAUGGUUCCCAACACUCCCACGUUGGUUGUGCCGCACCGCUCCGAUGGUUUUGACCAGGCCGUCCAUUCUUCCCAAGUGGCUGCAAGCCGGAGCUUCCGUUUUGGCCAAUCGGACGACGUGCCGCAGACUAGCUCAGAUCUAAGUCAGCUUGCAUCUCAAGGAGGUCUCGGCAUGUUUGAAAGCCCCAUGUUCCUCGCGUCCCAUGAAGAGGAGUCUGGCGGACGCAGCGUCCCCACCGCACCACUCCAAGUGGCGGCCCCAGUGGUUUCUUCAGACGCCAUGGAGCAGGCCUCUCAGUCGGUUCCCAUGGUGAGCACCUCCACGCCCGGCCUGGUUGUGCCCGGCAUGGCUGGUACAAGCGAGGAUCGAGAUGACGUCUUCCUGGAGUCAGACCCUGAUAAUUCCAGGCCCAGUGCUGAAAGUUCAGUGGAUGCUGUGGUGUCUCAGGAUGAUUUGGUGGAGCCUAGUCAGCCUUCUGACACGACCAACCUGCCAUCCACCAGCCAGGAACCUUCCUCCAGCUCUGCAGAUACAAGCAGUGUUCUAACCAGACCGGGACCCAGCAGGCAGCUGCAGCGCUGGCCGGAGAGUCGCGGUGGGCGAGUUAAGCGAGGAGGCCAAGCAUUUCCUUCACGGGGGGUCCAUGGCAGACGUAUCGCCAGAUGAAGCUUCAACGAUGGGAAACGUCCCUGACAGAACUUCUGUCAUUCCCGGGGUUAGCAUUUUUUUAAAAUCAUACAAAUACAAAGGAUAUGUUUUCACAGUCCAUACUGAAGUGAUGUGUUAUUUUAAUAAAUGUUAUUAAAAGUUGUCAACUAUUACAAUGUUAAGGUUAACUUCUUGAAGCGAUGCGUCGCCGUUCUUUAGAGGGUCUUUGGACAUUUGAUGAAGUUGUUCUGAGAGGAAGGGUUUCCUCUUGGGGAAGUGAUAACGGGUCGGUCGGUGUCCAUCCUGAUGUUGUACGAUUUAGCUGCAAAAGACACACAAGCACAUGAACUUGGACAUAUUGCCAGAGACUCAAUGUUGCAGAUCUAUGAAGCAGUUGAACGGCAUUGUAGUUUUGAUAAAAUAGCAACCAAAAAUCGCAGGAGAUCACUGCUGAAUACAUCUUAGAAAGAAAGAUGCUAAAAUCAUCACACAGCAACUUAAGACUCAAAAGGUA